AUGCAACCACAGGUUGAUCUACUUUUCAAGUCCAAGAUACUGAACGCCCCGCAGCCAAGCAACGGCUCCAACCAGAAGUCGGCCAUCUCAAUCGACCUUGCUCUAUCUCUCGUGGAGGAAGGCAUGAAGACAUGGCAGAUGCCGAUAAUGUGUCACUCGUGUCGAUGCAACGACGAUCAUGAAGUCAUCCUCUUAGCGUUUAUGAGCAUCCAAUCUAUUGCCCGAUACUUUCAACGUCUGAUUUCACAAUCUCGAGGAGAAACACCCGGUACGACACGCUUUGUUAACCUAGACGAGUGUCCCAUUAAAACACAGGUUUUCACGAUUGGGUCUUUUCAAAUCACGGGAGAUAACCGUUUGCUGUUGCUCACAACGCUUCUUAUAAAUACAGUACAAAAGCUCGAGUGGGUUCUUACUUCGUUACAGAAGGUCUUGGAAGAAAAGAGCGUCCGCUUCGCUCUAGAUCAGACAAAUGGCACGGAAGAUACGGGAACUGGCUCGAUGUCUGGAGAUCUAUUUCAUAUACAGCAGAUGUUUUCUGGGCUUUCUAGAUCCUUAAAGUCGCUCGAAGAGUAUUUGAGUCCUUGA